GGUAUUCACUUAACGUACUUUAUCAAUUAACACUGUUUAUAUUGUCCCUCCGGUGAUAACAAAUUGCAAUCAAAUUUUUAGAUUUAUAAAAAAUAUUAAAUUUCCAUUGCAUGGCGCCGUUGCAUAUUAUUUGGCAAGUACAAAUCAGAUACUGCAAUUGAGCAUACUUUAGUUGCAAGAUGGAAACUCAAUUGGAAAUAAUCUCAAACUUAAAGCGCAUUUUCGAAUUUUUCCUUGAUGAGAAUUUCGUCACAACGAAUACUGUAUACUUCGAAAAGCUCAUCAUGCACCUGGCUGCCAAAGAUAACGCUUAUAUACUGCAAGCACCAUUUGCAUUGGAAUGGGUUAGUCGAUGCUUAAACAUACUCUGUGAGGAUAUUAGCAAGUUGAAUCCUAAAGUAAUCUCAUUUGUUUUUAACAUUUUUGGUUUACUUACGACCAACGAAUGGACCAUAAUCGAAAUAAGAGAACGGCGUUUAAUGGACAAAGUACUAGUCAUAGUAAAUCGUGAAUCGCACCGAUUUAGUCCAUCUAUUAAAUUGGCGAUUAUUAGGCUCUUGCAUGCAGUAUCAAAAUACAGCAUUGGCUUAGCAUAUUUACGUUCCGUAAAAGUAUGGCAAUUUCUUAUAGAAUAUUGUAAUCAGGAUCAUACAUUAUAUGUGGUGCGUGAAGCACGCCACUUGCUGUAUGAAAUACUCUAUAAAUUCGAUGUCAAAACGAAGGAUGCGGUGGUGGUUAAAGAAAUUCUGAAGGAAAUUUUAAAACCUCUCAACGAGAAUGUAUUUGACAGUCACAAUGAGAGCAUUAUGGUGUGUGUUGAUGAUCAUGAAUUGCAACACAAGCUGUCCUCAACACUAGAGCUGAUAUCAUUUAUACUUGAACAAACACUAGUAUCCGAAGAAAAGUCUAACAUUGCAAAGUACUGCAAGCUUGAAUAUGAUAUUGAUAUCACGGUUUGGAAGUUAAGCGAUAUGUCUCAUAACGAAUAUUUUAUUCGUAAAAUGUUAACAACAUUGUCGUCAUAUUAUUUUGCUAUAUUGAUGUAUGAUAAAUGCAGUGGAGAUCAGAUUCCCCGGGAUGGUUUUAAUGAGCUCGGUGUUUCGAUAUUCAAUCAAAUGAAGUUCUGCGUUGCACGAAAUUACUGUGUGAGCUUUUUGAAAAUAGCUGAAGUCAAUCAUAAAUUGUGGAAAAAACUCGGUACUCGCGUGCCUAAAGAAGUUUUUAUCGAAAACGAGCUAGUACGAUUCGAGAACCAGCUCAUUACAUUUCAAUUGCUGCCACUGCAUAUGCUUUUACGUUCCCACGAGUUCCUCGAAGAAGAAAUAUUUGAGAAGUAUAUGACAAAGAUAUUCGAAAUAAUAUGCGAACUUACACUGCGCAUUAGUUACGCCUAUCGCGACUUACUCUUUAACAUGUCGCCAGCAAUGAAUGCAGAUUUAUCUUUAAAAGCAAUAAAUGGAGUAAUGUCAGUGGUGGAUAUAUUGGAGCGUGAUCAGGCAGUGCUUGUAUUUCAAGCUUGUAUAUAUGCGCUUAAGGAGUUCAUGUUGACAAUGUAUCCAAAUAGUUUUACCGAAUUUCAAGAGGGUUGCUCUUACACAUUAAAACAUGUACCUAGCUUCUCAAUUAUUUCUGAGUUUGACAAUGUUAUACACGCUAUUUUAGUUUCAAUGCAAACGUUGAUCGAACGGUAUAAAAUCACAUGGAAAGACUCAAUCGAGACAAUUUGCUUGGUCAAUUGUGUCCUGUAUCUGCUUCAGGUUGACGAUUUACCAACAAAGGUAACUGUCCAGUCACUUAAAUUGCUACAGCUCUCAAUAGAACACUACCUUUCACCGAAUAUGGCGCUACUUGUAGAUAACCUCAAAGGCUCUGGUUUAAUAGUAAUGGGCCCAGUUAUCAUGAAACGUAGUCAUGAUCCCGCUUGGGAGGUGCGAGAUAGCAUUUUAGAGCUUGUUAUCUCAAUCGCCGAUAUAUCCCGUCUAAAAUAUCCAGCAUUUCAAAAAUUCUUAGCCGAAAACUGGAUGUGCCGUAUUGUAUAUGAUAUGGCCAAACAGGAUUCCGAGCCUUAUGUCCGCGCUUCUGCACUAAAAUGUAUUGCGGAACUUGUAGCUAUUAAUGGAAUAUGGGAAUUGGAUCUUUGCAAACAGAAUUUGCCAGAUCACCUAUUCGGUGUACUCUACAACGAAUCAGAAGGCAUCGUUCGUAAGGAAGCCUUGCGCACUCUAACUAAAUUGAACGAAUUACGCAAAAUACCCAGCCGCUUUAGAGACACCUUUUACUCGACGCUCGCGUACUGUAUAGUUAGCGAUUUGCAUUGGGAGGUAAAAGUUGAAGCUUUGAAUUGUUGGAAAAGUGAAAUCCGCAAUAUGUUAAGCGAUGAGGGUAUGAUCGAUGGCAUUUUUCCCCCAGUUACAUUCUCGAAAGAGAAAAGGAAAAUCGUUCAAUUAAAUGCAAAGGAAAUAAGUUUACGAUUUUCUAAAGUACUAAAUGAACUUUCUCAGCGCGGUUGUCUCGGUGUUAUACUAAAGUGCCUUAGUGAAGAUUGUGAUGUGGUUGUAAUCAGGGAGGCAAAAUGUCUUGUAAAGAAGUUAGUAGAUAAAUUGGAUGAAUAUGAUUAUGCAUCUACGUCAGAAACUGAUGUAACGAAAAAUCGAAGCGACCUGACUAAUUGGGACAAUAAUGAAAACGUGCCAACAUCACCAUUAUUGGUAUCGUAUUCUAAUAAGGAUUCCUUAAUUCAGAAUAGUCCAACACUAAAUAAUGUUUCACCUAUAUCUGUGAAAAUCGAAGAUAACAUUGAAGUAUUUGUAAGUGGUGAUGCCGAGGUCGUGCAAUUUCUUGAUUCUGAUAAGAUUAUUGAAUCCAUACUCGAUUCAAAAGACAUAAAUUUGUUAGCGGAAGCAUAUGAGAAGAAAUUACAGACAAAUGGGGAGGGAGGUGAGUAUGAGCCUUCUGCGGCAAGUCAGCUGUGCGCAGACAAUGAGCGACGAAUAAUUUAUCCACUGUACUAUCGGCGCUUCGGGAAUGUAAGUGUAAAAGAGUUCUUUUCAACGAUUAAACGCACUGAUUUCGAAGAGAAAAUUUGUAAACAAGACGAGUGGUUUUUAAGCGAUGAAAACUUCACCUCACUAUUGAAUGAAAUUUUGCAUAUGAUUAAACCGGAAAAAGAUUGUGAAAAAAUAUCAGCUGAUUGCUAUUGAUCUAUACUAGGAAGUAACUCGAAAAUAUGGAUAUGCCAUUUAUAGUGUUAUUUUCUCAUAUGAAACCUCAAAGUUUUUUGUAAUAUUGUACAAUUGAUAUGCUAUAGUUGAUUCUUUUGGUAAAUCAAGGUAAUAAAUUUAUGCAAAUUUUUA